CCCCGCUGCCGCCGGCCGCGCGCGAUGGAUGACGCCAGGCUCCGAGACCGCGUGCCGCUCACGGUCAUAGUGGCGCCCAGCAACGUAUCGCCACCCAGGCUUUCCCCCGCCGACCUGUUACCCGACGGCGACGCGGCCUUCCACCCACUGUCCGCUGUGAACGGCCGCCUUACCCCGCCAGGAUUAGAACCAGCUUCGUACGCAACGCUAACCCCGCUGCUACCUUUACCCCCAAUCAGCACAGUCUCGGAUAAGUUCGCCUACCAUGCGGGGGGAACGUUCACGGUCAUCCAACAGCAGCAAUCUUACGCGUCGCUUUCCCCGGCACCGUAUAAUGAACCUUUGUCUCCCCAAUCGGCGUAUAGCAGACGAAGUGUGUCCCCAAAUUCGUUUGAAAGACGCUCCCCAACUCCUCCGUUAGCCAGUCCGGGAUUGGAUCUGAACGCUGCAUUGUUGGCGCGAGAAACAAGGGACGAAGAAGCCCAGGCGCAAGUUCAGGAUAUAGAAGAAAUAAAUACCAAAGAAUUAGCUCAAAGGAUAAGUGGGGAACUGAAGAGGUAUUCGAUCCCGCAGGCGAUAUUCGCGCAAAGGGUCCUAUGCAGGUCGCAAGGGACGUUAAGUGACUUGUUAAGGAACCCUAAGCCCUGGUCAAAGCUCAAGUCUGGAAGGGAGACGUUCAGGAGAAUGUGGAAGUGGCUCCAAGAGCCAGAGUUCCAAAGGAUGUCGGCGUUGCGAUUAGCAGCGGCCCAGAUUCCACAGAGAGGCAGCUGCAAGCGCAAGGAGGAUAUGGCUUCGGAUACCCUGCCUUCCCAGAAGAAGCCGCGUUUGGUUUUCACAGAUCUGCAGCGGCGUACUCUGCAAGCUAUUUUUAAGGAAACGAAGCGACCAUCAAAAGAGAUGCAAGUGACGAUAGCUAGGCAACUAGGGCUAGAGCCAACAACAGUAGGCAAUUUCUUCAUGAACGCGCGCAGAAGAUCAAUGGAUAAGUGGAAGGAUGACGAUGCACCGUCUACAGAACUGGACCAGCAGUGCGACCUGCAGGACCUAGACCACGUACCGAGUCUAGACUCGGCAGAGUCUGAGGAGGAUCACGAUGACCAUGACGAUCAUCUGUUGUGACGCCCUAUACCCCAACAGCACUUGUUAGUGCUUUGAAAACAGAAUGAAGUUGCCCCGGGAUACGGAUUGUUUGAAGGAUAAUGAUGAAAUUGAUAAUCUUUUAAAUAUCAAUUCAAUGUUAUUUUAUCCAUUGCAC